AUGAUCCUGGGACCAAUCAACGGAAUUGAUUGUGUCGCUUUUGUCAUAUUUUUAAUUCCACAACUGCUUUACCAGGUAGACCUCGGCGAGCUUCUUGGUGUGAUUCUCAGAGUAAUACCUUUUUUGAUUUUCCAACUCCCAUACCAACUUACACAUGAACGAUAUUACAACAAAAGUAGCCUUCGAUCACCUUUCACCCAACAUGCCACGCUCUUCCAGGACGUGGUCAUUCGCUGUGUGCGAUACGCCUUUGCAAAAAUCCCUGCUCGCGUAGGGAGAGUCUUCUUUUGCAAAUGGGUCACAUAUCCAUUCUUUCGGUUUCGUCUGUUGCGACACGGAUACCUGCAUUGCCCGAUGUUUUAUCAGGAAGUCAUCAGACAUGGUGCCAGAGGUCUUUGGAUCGUGGAUGAUCCAGACCGCGACCCGGACAUCAUUAUUUACUAUGCUCAUGGUGGCGGGUUCUCCAUGGGUUCAGCAUAUUUCUAUAUCGAGUUCCUGAUGGCCUGGGCGACUCGAUUAAAAGAAAGUGGCUUCAAGAACCCAGCCGUGUAUGCUUUGGAAUAUACUCUCGUCCCGGAUGCGCAGUGGCCCGUCCAAUUUAAUGAGACCCGGGCAGGGUAUACUUUUCUUCGAGAGACGUUCGGGGAUGGCUCAGCAGCCAAGAUCUGUGUGAGCGGUGACUCGGCAGGAGCAACACUGGUCCUGAGCAUGCUGCUCCAGCCUGGUCAUCUCGAACAAGAUCCUCAAUACCAGUCGCUACAUCGACCAGGUCUGGCGAUACUGCUUUCGCCUUGGACACAUCUUGUAUCGGAUUUGAACCAGAAUACGCCCAGUUGCUAUCUGGAUCGAAACAGCCUGCAUCUGUACGCAAGGCAAUAUGCAGGAGAGGCAACCAGGACGGAUGGGGUCAUUUCACCCGGACUCUGCACUGGGCGCUGGAAACAAGCGUCGCCGCUGAACGGGUUUCGGAUCAUAUACGGGACUGAAGAGGUGUUUGGUCCUGGGAUCCAAGAGAUGGUGGACCACAUGAAGAAAAACGGCGCCAUGGUCAAGGUCUAUGAGCAAGAAGCAGGCAUUCAUGCCUGGCCUGUGGUGAAUUUGUUCCUCGGUGCGACUCGAGGCGAACGCCUGCAGGGCCUCGAUAUCAUGACCGACUUCAUUCUGUCCUCAAGCCUGGCAUCAAGGUUAUAG